CAUUAUGGCCUGUGUCCAGAGCAUGGGUGACGACAAGCUGGUUGACCUCAGCAAAGUGGCCAACAGUCUGGGCUACACCAAUAUCGCUUCUGUUGGAAAUCGCUUCCGUGCCGUUCGUAAGCGCCAUGGAAUCAUGCACUUCGAGAGCAAGGCUGGAUCCGGAAUCACCAAGACCACAGCCGCCGAGGACGCCCAGGCAAAUGCCACUAAUGCGGCCGAGAAAGCCAAGGCGAAUGUUAUUAAGGCUAGUGACGCCGCUCAGGACGAGGAGUUUGAAUCCGAGGUGCCUACUCCUGUCAAGGCCAAGGCUACCAAGAAAGCUGGUGGUCGCAAGGGAGCAAAAGUCUCGUCUAAGCCUAUCCCUGCUACUGAUGCCCCUAAGACUGAAACCAAGGGCCGUAAGCGUGGUGCUAAACUUACUGCUCAAGCCGCUUCGGAUCCCGUUACCAUGAAUGACGAUAUUGUCAUGAAGGCAGAGGAUCUCGAUAUGGAGGUAGAGAAUUCGGCAAUUAAGAAGGAAGCUACUGACGCCCUCAUGGAGUAACAUGCCUAGAGUGCUCCCGCUACGGAAUGGAACAGGAACUCUGUUCUAAACCACCCUCUUUGCUUCAUACGUCUUACUUCUCUCUUUUCAGUUGAUAUCUCUUCAAUGUACCGUCAACGACAAAUAUCAUCGCAUUGGAGAACUCCAUCUAGGCCUCGCGUGAACCUAACAUUUUAUCUCUUGUAUCUGGAAAAGGG